ACGCAGAGAGAGCGAGAGCAGGUCAAUGAUAAACAAUGAGAACCAACCCUAAGAAGGGUAAAGAGGAGAAGCAGCAAGGGGAAGAGGAAAAGACAGAAAGAGGAAAAAUAGGACUGGGCAACUGAGCAAGUGAAAGUUGAAGUUGGAGGAAGAGGAGAGAGUGGUAGGGGUGGAAGAGGAAGGAGGAGUGACACACAAAGCAUAGAGAUGGGUAACAAGGUUUAAGCCAUAAAAAACAGCAAUACACUCCUGGACACUUUAAGGCAUAAACACAAACUGCAAAACAGGUCUUUGAUUAAUAUCGGUGAGAGAGACAGAUAGAAAGAGAUGGACGGAUGGAGGUAACCGGCAGGUAUGUCUCCACUCCUAACCGAUGCACAGCAUUUUGAGGCCAGCUGCGAGAAGCCAGUCAGCCGCAGAGAGACCAGAACAGGGAGGGAGGCUGGGAAGAGAGCAGUGCAAAAAGAGGAAGAGAGACGGGCUGGACAGGAAGGGAGAAGACAAAGGCAAACCUGAGAGCAAAUAGAGAAGUGAGCGAUAAAAAACACACAACACGGAGCGCUGCAAUAAAAAAAUCACAAGAGUGAGAGCGAGGGGGAGAGAGAGAGAGAGAGAGUGAGAGAGAGAGAGAGAGACACACACACACCAAAAAAGGACUGAAGCCAGAGCUGAAAUCACAGCUGGGCUUGACAGAUGCUGUAGAGACACGGGGAAAGGAAAAGCCUGGGAGAGCUACAGACAGACCAAAAGGAAGAAAGAGAGGGAGAAAAGGGGGAGGGGGGGUGCCAAAGUUGAAGCCAAAAGCUGACAGACGGAAAGAGGAGAAAAGCUCAGAAGAGGUCAGGGAGGAGAGAGCAGAGGAGAUAAGCAGUGUGACAUUGACUGCAAAGAGAAGCGACAGAGAGGAAGGGGAGUCUGGGAGAAGUGGGAAUCCGGUAGGCCCGUGGCCACACCCUCCAUGGGGACCAUGGGGUACCAGGGGGGCCUGUGAAUCCCUGGAAGGGGCACCAUGUCUGCGGACCCUGGACCCCCAGAAUCGGGCCUGAUGGACCAGUUUUCAGGGCCCGUGGGCCUCCAGACACUGCUGGACCUGCUGGUGGGCGUGUACCAGGAAUUUCGAGCAUCGCCCCUCGCCCGGGAGAAGUAUAUCGCGGGAUUCCUGCAGUGGGCGGAACCCCUGGUGAGACAGGUGAAGAAGACCCGCAUCCAGAGGGAGGACUUUGACAUCCUCAAAGUGAUUGGCCGAGGAACUUUCAGUGAGGUUGCCUUGGCGCGCAUGCGUAGGUCGCGGCAAGUGUAUGCCUUGAAGAUCAUGAACAAGUGGGACAUGCUGAAGCGCGGAGAGACGGCAUGUUACCAGGAGGAACGGGAGGUCCUGGUGAAAGGGGAUCGGCGCUGGAUCACUGAACUGCACUACGCUUUCCAGGACGACAACUACCUGUACCUGGUGAUGGAUUACUAUGUAGGGGGUGACCUGUUGACUCUGCUAAGUAAAUUUGGUGAUCACAUUCCUGAGGACAUGGCCCAGUUCUACCUGGCAGAGAUGGUGAUGGCCAUUGAAUCAGUCCACCGCCUGGGCUAUGUGCACAGGGACAUCAAGCCAGACAACAUCCUGCUCACGGCAGAGGGGCACGUGAGGCUCGGGGACUUUGGUUCCUGCCUGAGGCUGCAGGAGGACGGCAUGGUGCAUUCCUCUCUGGCGGUGGGGACGCCAGACUACCUGUCGCCGGAGAUUCUGCGGGCGGUGGAGGGGGGAGGGCGCUACGGCCCGGAGUGUGACUGGUGGGCCCUGGGCAUCUGCGCCUUUGAGAUGCUGUUUGGGACCAUGCCCUUCUAUGCUGAGUCCAUCACCGAAACCUACGCCAAGAUCAUCCACUUUCAGGAGCACUUUGAGUUCCCAGCAUCGGGGCCAGAUGUUUCGGCAGAGGCACGCUCCCUUAUUAAGGGACUGAUCUGCGAGAGGGAGGAACGUCUGGGGGCAGUGGGAUUCGGGGAUUUUAGGAAUCACUGCUUCUUCUCCGGCUUGGAAUGGGGCUCUCUGCACCACCACCCCGCCCCCUAUCAGCCUGAGGUCACAAACGCCACUGACACCUCCAACUUCGACAUGGUGGACGAUUGCCUCAGCGAAAUGGAGACACUGUGUGACGUGAUGGACAGAGCACCUGUGGGGGUUCACCUGGCCUUUGUAGGCUACUCCUACACUGCCACCAGAGAGACAGGUGCUCAAGACCGUAGUCAUGACAUCAUGAUGGAGAUUGACAACCAGCGAAUCAGAGGCCGUGGUAGUCUGCUGUUUCAGGAGAAACUGAGUCAGAUGUGGCAGCUAACAGAGAGCCUGCCAGCUCAGCUCCCUGCAUUGAUGGAGCUACCCCUAGUGUUGCAGCAAGGUACUGCAGAGUUCCUGUGCACUGAGGACAACACUGACCAGAGCACAGCACACAAUGAAGAACUGCCCAGACGGCUGCAGGAGGUGGAGAGGAGGAAUGAGGAGCUGGAGAAAGAGAUGGAGAGGCUGAAGGUGGAGGUACAGAGCCUACGGGUCAACAGGGAGGCAGAGCUGAGCGUCUGCCUGUCCCGCCUCUCUUUGCCUGAUCACUUCCUGGAUCCCACAGGGGAUAACUCAGUAGCGCCCCCUGCCUGCCAUUACCCACUGGUCAUCCCUCUGAACCGGCACCUGCUGCUGUUCCACAGGGUGCGCUGGCCGCAGGUGAGGUGUGAGGGUUAUCUGCUGGUGUGUGCGGCGGGGGCGGAGCUCCAAGCCUGGAGGAGACGGUGCAGUUCUGAGCUCUCCUGAUUCUGCAGGUGACAGGUGACACCCAGAGGUCGUUUUUUCCCAGGGCUGAGCGAGCAGUCUCCUCCCCUCCUUACCCCGCUCGCGUUACUCAAAAUCCCCCGCUCAGCCAUCAGGAGCACGGCUGGGAGAUGGAGAAGACAGUGGAUUGAUAUAGGAGCAUCCGACCUCGCUGUUCUGCAUCCUGACACUGAGGGCAGCAGCAGAGAAAGUGAGCAGCCUGUACAUGGUCUCUCACGGUAGAGAAGGCGGGAGUUCCACAGUUCCAAACCCUGACUCUCACGUCAAAAGCAGUAGGGAUGAGAGUGACAUAACAAAUGCCUUUCCCAAAUCACCGUCUUAUCAGCAAUGAGCUGUCCUCUGGCAGAGCUCCAACUCUCCAUUCCUACUGCAGAGGGAGGGGGUGAUGACAAUGAACCUGGACCUACGGGACUGCACACUGUGGUCUGAGAACCAUCACCGCAGGACAUGGGACUAGUAGAUGCACGGAGGUCACCCAGGGUUCAAAUCCUCAAGGCUGAAGAUAGGACUGUGUGUUCCAGAAUGGGAGCUGUAACCUGUGUGCUGAGGAGCGUGCUCCCUGCUCCCUGUGACACCGGUCCUCCCACCUUCAUAAGGACUCAGCUUUGCUUUGCCUUAUGAAUACCAUUUCUUGUAUUUAGUGCUGUGUGUGUUAGAUGAAGAGGACCAUAUCAUUGGUGUCAUUUAAAAAACAAACCUUAUUACGCCAUUUUUUGCAUUUUUAAGCAUGAUCCAUAAUAUAAAACUUGCAUCAUCAGCUAUGCACUGUCAAUGUUUCCUGGAGAUAUGACUGAUGAAGUCUCUUUACAAAGCUGUGUUUGAUUAUAACUUCUCUAAUGUAAUAUAGGAAGAAAACCAUUUUUCUCUUUUUCUGAAAAGUUGUCUAUUUGGAGAAACUAUUUUUUUAAAGACGCCAAUGAUAUCUAUGCACAAUUUUUAAAUCACCUUAAAAAGUACACUCCUACAAAAAAGUGUCCAUCAGUGUUCUGGACACUAAAAUCAGGCUGACACCCAGAAUUCAGUAUGUCAGAGAAUUAUCUGAGAGGGAAGAUAAACACUUGAGACAGGCAGACUGGGUUUUCAGUAGGCACAGAAAAAUAUGUAGCUACACCACAGACUGACUGACCAUUGAAGACAAGGAAAAGCAACUUACAACGGUUCAGCAGGGAGACAGCUGAAAACAAGACCAACAUAUGCAGACACAUGGAUAGCUGAGGACUGAAAUAUCUGGACAUUUUAUGUCAAAAUUUUUCUACAAAAAUGAAUAUGCUGCCAUUUAUUAUAAGUAUGUGGACUUUAAAUACAGAAGUAUAUAGUGCCUUCCAUAAUGUUGGGGAUGAGGACAUAUUUUUUCUUGAUUUGGCUUUUUACUCUGCAAUUUUAGAUUUGUAAUUGAAAAAUUCACACGUGGUUAAAGUGCAGAUUCUCAGCUUUUAUUAAAGGGUAUUUUUAUACAUUUUGUUUUCACUGUGUAGAAAUUACAGAAUUUUUUUAUAUAGCCCUAAGCUUUAGUUUGGGUAUUUACAUCCAUGUCAGGUGAUCUGUAUAAAAACUACAGCCCUUUUUAUAGACUCCCAGAUUUUAGGGGACCAAAAGUAAUAAAUUAACACAAAUAACGUUGUCA